CACAGAUUGCUGAAAGGAGAUACCCAUGCUCCGAUUGUCAAAGAUGUUUCACCAGCAGUUGAGAUCUUUUUAAACAUCAGGCAGUCCACAAAAUGCCAAAGCCAGCUUGUUCUGAAUGUGGGAAAUGUUUCUCCUCAAAAUCAAAUCUUACUGCUCAUCAGAAAAUUCACACGACAUUUAAACCUUUUUCCUGCUCCUGGUGCAAUAAGAGUUUUCACAAAAAAGCCUGCCUUGUUAAACAUGAAAGAAUCCACACAGGAGAGAAACCUUUUCAGUGCUCUGAGUGCGGAAAAAGCUUUGUCCAAAAUUCGAAUCUUCUUCGACACGAGAGAAUUCACAAAGGGACCAAACCAUUCAUGUGCUCGGAAUGUGGGAAAUGUUUCAGUAUGAAAGCACAUCUCAUUCAACAUCAGAGAACUCACACAAGAGAGAGAUCCUAUUUAUGCUCUGAAUGUGGGAAAGGUUUUUCCAGUAAUUCUAUUCUUCUUUCACACCAAAGACUUCAUUCAGGAGAGGAACCAAAUUCUCAUAUAGCAGUUACUCAGUAGUCUCAUCAUGUGGUCCUCAGAGUUGCCCUUUUAGAGGCGUUCUGUAUUUCAUAUCCAGGACACAUUUAAGUAGAUAUUUUUAGAUUUCUUUAAAGGGACACUGUACUCACUAUAAUCAUUUCAUCUCUUUGAAUUGGUUAUGAUGCCUGGAAUCUCCUUUCACUGUCUCUCCAUACAAUGUUAAACCAUUUUAGAGCAGUUUAACACUAAAUAAGGGAUCAAGGCCACCCUCAGUCCGGCCUCUUCUGGAGGUGUGGCCAAGGCAGAGAUUACACACUUCCUUGAAGUCAUACUCUUCAUACUGUUAGUUGGAGCUCUGAUAGGCUAAAAACAGACAGCUGACACUCUCAGCCAAUCAUAGCUGCCCAUUGCUGCUCAUGCUAGUACUUCCUCAUUCGCCGAAGCAGCACAGAGGGGAGGGGCUGCUGGGGUCUCUAAUUUAGCAUUGAAACAUAAAAAUAUGAAAAAUUGUUUA